UUUCCACAUUUGUGUCUACGCAAUGUAUGGAGUUAUCUUCGUCGCAGCACUUUUAGGAAAUGGAUUAGUGUGCUACGUAGUUCAAACAUCACCACGCAUGAAAACUGUUACUAAUUUCUUCAUAGCGAACUUGGCUGUUGGUGACAUAAUGAUGACUCUAUUCUGUAUACCAUUCUCUUUUGUUUCAAUGUUGAUACUAAGGUAUUGGCCAUUUGGGGGUGUGAUGUGUAAAAUCGUGAAUUUCUCUCAAGCAGUGUCGGUGUUAGUUAGUGCUUAUACACUUUUAGCUAUAUCUGUAGAUAGGUAUAUUGUGAUAAUGCAACCUUUGAAGCCCAGACUGGGAAAGACUGCAGCUAAAGUUGUGAUAUUAUGUGUAUGGAUUGGAGCGACGAUAACUGCCGUACCUAUAUUCGUUGCCUCGGAGCUUCAGAGACCAACAUUGUUUCAUGAAGUUUGUCAAAGGGACAUAUGUACUGAAAUUUGGACCAACCCUGAUGAUAAGAAGCUGUAUACAUGUGCGCUAUUGGCGCUUCAAUUCGCGCUACCUUUGACAGUCCUUAUAUGUACCUACGUUCGAAUAGCUUACGUCGUGUGGGGGGUGAGGCCCCCUGGCGAAGCUGAGCUCAAUAGAGAUUCGAGAAUUCAACAUUCGAAACGGAAGAUGAUAAAAAUGAUGGUGACAGUCAUAGCUGUUUUUACGAUAUGCUGGCUUCCUCUCAACAUGUUGUGGAGUGCGCACGAAGAUGACAUCGAGUGGGCUAUGUGGCCCGGAAUGCCGUACGUGUGGUUUGCCGCCCACUGGCUGGCGAUGUCACACUGCUGCUACAACCCCGUCAUAUACUGUUACAUGAACUCCAGAUAUCGAUUAGGCUUUCAAAAGGCAAAGAGGAUGACCAGCUGUGCACAUCAACGAUCAAGUGGUGGCAUGGAAGGCAUUCAAAUGGGAGGUAAUAUUUUUCUAUUUAUUGUAGCUAAACCCGACCAUGAUUCUCUAUGA